AUGCCAUCCGUCACACUACCCACAGCCCAGGACAAGAACAUUGUUCGGAAAGCGUUGCCAACUUCAAAAAUUCUGACGGCAGCUGUGGCUCGUCUUUAUGUUGCCUCGCCAGAUCCGAGCAGAUGGUCGUAUAGCAAUCUAUGGGGUGCUGCUGCAUUCUGCAAGGACCGAUCCAAAAACGACUCUUUUUUUAUUCGACUUAUUGAUAUCGAGAAUCACAAAGGCGUCAUGUGGGAACAAGAGUUGUUUGAAGGAUUUGAAUAUAUGAAUGACAAGCCAUUCUUCCAUACCUUUGAGACUGAUGAUUGUCUUGCUGGAUUAUUAUUUGUGGAUGAAGGAGAAGCUGAGACGUUUUACAAAAAGGUGAUGCAUCGAGAUUCAAUAAAGGUGGAUGGUGACCAAGGAAAAGGUGGAUUCAUUAAGAAAAUGGGACAUCGAAAGUCUCGAGGUAUUGACAAGAAUCAAAUCAGCGUUCCAUCAGAGUUUAGGCAUGUUGGCCAUAUUGGAUAUACUCCCGAGAAAGGAUUCAGCAUUGAGAACAAUGAUCCCGAAUGGAAUGGUGUAUUUGAACAGUUACGCUCUCUUGGUAUCACUGCAGAUGAAAUCAAUCAAAACCAGGAUUUCAUUCACGAGUUUUUGCAGCAACAUAAAGGAUCAGCCCCUACCAAACGCACAACAGGAACUCCACCUCCACCUCCACCUCCGAGUCGUGGACGUACUGCUUCAACAAAGAAGACUCCACCACCACCUCCUCCUCCACCUUCAAGUCGUCGUGCACCUCCACCACCUCCACCUCCAAGACGUACUGCUAAUGGUCGUAAUCCACCUCCACCACCAUCAAGAAGUCCAAUUCCACCACCACCGCCACCAGUUGCACGUCCUUCAAUUCCUGCAAAUCCACCAGCUCCUCCUCAAUUACCAUCACGUGGUACAAGACAAAUGCAUCCAUCUUCUCGACCCAAUGUACCACCACCACCUCCACCUCCUCAACCUGCAAUGGGUGCAGGUGCUCCACCACCUCCGCCACCUCCACCUCCUCCACCAAUGGGCAAUGCUGGAGCUCCACCACCGCCACCACCUCCUCCACCUCCUCCAAUGGGUGGUGGUGAUACUUCAGCUCCACCACCUCCCCCAGCCAAUGUUCCACCAAGUAGUGAUGGUCGUUCAAGUCUUAUGGCAUCCAUUCGAGCAACAGGUGGUUUCUCAUCUCUCAAAAAAGGAGGUACAUUACGUUCUGUUCCAGCUGAUUCUUCACCAUCCUCAUCACCUGGUAGUGGUGCAAGAACUGCAGCAGCUGUGGGUGCUGGUGCUGCUGUUGGUGCUGGUGCUGCUGCAGCUGCAGGAAGUGGUGAUUUGGCAUCAAGUUUGGCAGCUGUACUUCAACAACGCAAAACGGCUAUGCAAAGUGAUGACGAGUCUGAUGAAGAUGAUGAUGAAUGGGAAUAA